ACAGAGUUGUCAAAUCUUCCGGAAAAUAAAGUAUCUGAAGCACAUAGUGCAAUUUCUUCCGCAAUAAAUAUUAUAACUGAAUCUCAACCGUGCGACCCCAGGUCUCACCCUCUCAUAAUUGAAACUUCAUAUGAUUCUAUAUCCCUCACCAAUAUAACUACAAACAGUUCAAUUCAGAAGGAUAACUAA